AUGUUCUGGUCUUGUGUUUUCAUGUUAUAUCACAAAGCAGUUCCAGACCCAAUUCAACCCAUUGAUAGCUUGAAGAAGAGAUGGAGCAACUACUUACAACCAUCAAUCAAUAAAUUUCGUGGUUUUUUCAACCUUGUCAAAUCUCUCAAUGAGAGCGGGGCAUCUGCAGAAGAUCAGCUCAACCAAGCUCUCCGUCUUUACUUGCAGGACCAGCAAUCACAUUUCAAGUAUCUCCGCUGCUACAACCUCCUCGUCAAAAGUCCCAAAUGGCACAAAUACUGCUGCAAUAACAAUAAGAGGGGAGAGGAAAAACAAGCCAGAAGCCCUAGUAGUGAAGUGCCUGCAUAUUAA